GCCCGAGCGGCCGCGCGGGGGCGGGAAGGGCGGCAGGAAGGAAGCGCCGCUCGGACGCGCCGGGAGGAGGAGCGGCGGCCCGGCCGGAAGGCGGGGAGGGGCGGCCGUUGGCCCGCGGCGGCCCGCUCUCGGCGCCUCCCGGGGCGGCGGCGGUGGCGGCGGCGCCCGCGCCUCCUGCACCCGGCGCGGCGUAGCGGCGGGAGGAAGAUGGAGACCCACAUCUCGUGCCUGUUCCCGGAGCUACUGGCCAUGAUCUUCGGCUACUUGGACGUCCGAGACAAGGGUCGCGCGGCGCAGGUGUGCACGGCCUGGCGGGACGCCGCCUACCACAAGUCGGUGUGGCGGGGCGUGGAGGCCAAGCUGCACCUGCGCCGGGCGAACCCGUCGCUCUUCCCCAGCCUGCAGGCCCGGGGCAUCCGCCGCGUGCAGAUCCUCAGCCUCCGCCGCAGCCUCAGCUACGUGAUCCAGGGCAUGGCGAACAUCGAGAGCCUCAACCUCAGCGGCUGCUACAACCUCACCGACAACGGCUUGGGCCACGCGUUCGUGCAGGAGAUCGGCUCGCUACGCGCUCUCAACUUGAGCCUCUGCAAGCAGAUCACCGACAGCAGCCUGGGCCGCAUAGCCCAGUACCUCAAGGGCCUGGAGGUGCUGGAGCUGGGGGGCUGCAGCAACAUCACCAACACCGGCCUUCUGCUCAUCGCCUGGGGGCUGCAGCGCCUCAAGAGCCUUAACCUCCGCAGCUGCCGCCACCUCUCGGAUGUAGGUAUCGGGCACCUGGCCGGCAUGACGCGCAGCGCGGCCGAGGGUUGCCUGGGCCUGGAGCAGCUCACUCUGCAGGACUGCCAGAAACUCACGGAUCUUUCUCUGAAGCACAUCUCGCGAGGGCUGACGGGCCUCAGGCUCCUCAACCUCAGCUUCUGCGGCGGCAUCUCGGACGCGGGCCUCCUGCACCUGUCGCACAUGGGCAGCCUGCGCAGCCUUAACCUGCGCUCCUGCGACAACAUCAGCGACACCGGCAUCAUGCAUUUGGCCAUGGGCAGCCUGCGCCUUUCCGGCCUGGAUGUGUCGUUCUGUGACAAGGUGGGGGACCAGAGUCUGGCUUACAUAGCCCAGGGACUGGACGGCCUCAAGUCCCUCUCGCUUUGCUCUUGCCAUAUCAGUGACGAUGGCAUCAACCGCAUGGUGCGGCAGAUGCACGGGCUGCGCACGCUCAACAUUGGACAGUGUGUGCGCAUCACGGACAAGGGACUGGAGCUGAUCGCUGAGCACCUGAGCCAACUCACGGGCAUAGACCUGUACGGCUGCACCAGGAUCACCAAGCGCGGCCUGGAGCGCAUCACGCAGCUGCCCUGCCUCAAGGUACUUAACCUGGGACUUUGGCAGAUGACGGACAGUGAGAAGGUCAGGUGAGGGCGGCAGUUCCAGUUCCCCUGCCCCGCCCUGUUCAUCCCAGGACCACCACUGUUCCCGCACACUCACGACCGCACUUACACGUUCAGGGCAGUGGCCGCGGUGGGGCGAUGAUGAAAGCCUGGGCUCUUUUCUCCUAGUCUGGCGCCCCUCCCCACUGCGUCUGGGGUUCUUCUGCUCCCUCUACCCACUCUCCCCUUCCUUCCCAGUGAGUGGAGAGAUGGACCCUGCUGCUUCUCUGCCCACUCUUCUGCAGGGUAUGGAGACUUUCAGCCACGCCAACUGUAUCCUGGGGCACUGCAUUUGGAAAUGGGGUGGGGGCGGGGAGGGACUAGUCGUUUCAACCCUGAGGAGUUGAGGAAAGAUGUCUGCCUUCACUUACACUUUCAUUUGGAUACUGUGAUCUGGCUUUUAUUUCGAAAUGUGUAGAAAGCAAGCCCAACUUCAACAGCCUUCUCAUCCACUUUGUAGCCAGUCUCCUCUCAUUGCUGCCCCUUUGGUAUCUGCAACUCACUUCGGUUUAGGUUUUGUUCUUCUUUUUUGUUUUGUUUUGGUUUUUUAUCUGCUUUCCUUUUAAUUUUCAAAGAAAUUUGAAAUUAGUGUGCUUUUUUUCUGCUGAGUAUAUUCUAUACUAUAUAUAUAUAUAUCUUUUAUAUAUAUAUAUGUAUAUAUAUAUAUAUGUCUGGCUACCUCGUUUUAGUUUACUUUUUUCCCUUAGGCCCUGGAAUUCUACAAGAAAGAUAUUUUGAGAUUGAAACAUUUUUGUGCCUAGACUGGAAAGAUGCCCACUGGGUUUGUAUCUGUUUUUGGUUUUGGCUUCUUCCCAACCUCUGUCUACCCAGUGUGUCCCACUUCCGCCGCAUCAUGGCUAUGGCUUACCCCGCCUGUCUAUUGGGCUUUGAUGACCCAGCCGUGUUUCUAAAUAUUGAUUUAAUUUAUAGCACAAAUGUAUGGAGAAAUGAAAGCAGAACUUCCCGUUUGUUUGUUUGUUUGAGAUGCAGACUGAGUCUUGAAGAGGAGUAUCAUAUAUGCAAAUUAUGCCCCACCCCAACCCUCUUGCAAGUUUUCCCACCAAGAGGUUAGAUAGUGAGGCUUCCUGUCCUGUCUAGGAGCUCAGAGCCGGCAGAGAGCCUGAGGCUGUGUGAAAGGGAGGGGACUGAACUUCUCGUCUAUCUGUGUCUGGUCUAGAAAUGGGAGCUUGUGGGUUUGAAAACUUUUGUUUCUAAACGGAGGAAUAGAUGACUUUAUUUUGGUGGGGGGUUGGGACUGUGGCUUUAAAACAAAUCGCUUUUGAGUAGGAUGUAUAUUUUUGUUGGAUAUUUUGUUUGUUUAUUUUUUUAGAGUCCUCCACAGCAACAUGAGAGACCAUGGAGAAACCCAGAGACCUUUAUCAAUUAAUUGUACUGUUUGUGAAUUUGUAUAAAUGAUAACAAAGAUCCUCUUAAAACGUUUAUAUUCUUACAGUAAAAGGUUAAACUGAUAUUUAUAUAAUAAAAGAGGAAAUAUGAAGUAUGUUUUUGAAAAAAAAAGCACAAAAUCCCCCCCCUUGUAUCUGUGAAUUAUUUUUAAGGCAUUGUGUGUUGGGUACAUGCUCAGGUGGGAGGUGUUAUUUGUGCCCAGAAACUGGGACAAAGGUGGAGUUCAGUUUGCUCAUGUGGUCUAAGUUCAUGGUUGAGAAUUUCUUCUGUGUAAGAUUUACCACUGACAUCCAAAUGUUCUGUCUCUAGAAAUGUGAUCAGACUGGAGAGUACUUAUAAAUUUUGGUUUUAAACUGUCAACAUGAAAACUGAAAGAAACUGAAGAAAAUGAAACUUUUUUUUUUAAGAAA